GUGGGCGGCGCCAUAGUUCAAGCCUUUGCCGUGCAUCCGCUAUUUUUGCCCAUCAGUACCUUGAUUAGCGGCUUGUAUGGGUCCAUGCAGCUGAAAAUGGAAAAUCCAUGUCUCUGAUCCCUUGAAAUCAAUAAGCGCUAGAGAAUGUGAUUCCAAGGUGAUGUGGAAACAAACCUAAGAUAAAUCAACAUUUCUUGCUCUUUUCUUUUGCUGCAAUGUUGCUCUUCAUUUCUUCACAAUGCUUACAAUGCCGUCACUGCGUCUGAGCGCAAAGUCGAUACAAAUCACAGCAGCUAUUGCGUCGAUAUGGCUCUUUGUCGUCGUUUUUUAUCACUAUCGCGAUGUUUCUUUUUACACACCGAAUAAUUUCCAGAGCACUUCGAAAUCGAGUUCGAAUUCGCGCAAUUUUGAAUCGAUAAGGCUUGGCGCACGAUGUUUUCUCGAUUAUCCUUUAAAAGACGAACCGAAAGCGAUUUUUGGAGAACUUGGACAACGAACGGCAUUGUUGCGAUCUUGGAUUGAGGAACUGGAAGGGCGAGACGACAGUCACGAGACAGCGGAACUUGUUGGACAAAUUUUGGAAAAGCAGUUUCCUUGGCUAAAUUCGAAACAGGGUGUUUCGCCGCCUCUCGUCGAUGUCUACGAUCGUCUUGGUCUUUCAUACAACAGUACAAGUCUAAAGUCCGAUAAAGCACCAGCUGGAAUUGUUAUCCCCACGGGCGAAAAAACACUCCGAUUCGCAUGCCAUCUCAUCGCAGCCUUGACGCGCGUCCACAAGACUACCCUCCCAAUCCAAGUUGUAUACGCCGGAGACGAUGAUUUAUCCGCCGCUGGCCGAAAGAAGAUACAACAAGCUGCCAAUGGAGUCAAGAUCGAAAUGCUCGAUGUUCUUACUGUUUUCGACGACAGCACAUUGAAACUCGCUGAUGGAGGCUGGGCGAUAAAACCGUUCGCUGCAUUGGCGAGUCGCUUUGAGCAGGUCAUUCUUCUCGAUGCAGACGCUGUGUUCUUUCAAGAUCCUCGACAUCUCCUUCGGCAAGAUCGGUUUAAAGAAACUGGUGUACUACUCUUCCAUGACAGAUUGCUCUGGAAGAAUGGGUUCGCGGAUCGUCAGGAUUGGUGGCAUGACCAGAUUAAACAUCCCAGUCCGGAGACGGAAAAGUCGCUUGUUUGGACAGAACGAUACUCUGAAGAGGGAGAUUCUGGUAUUGUUGUGGUUGACAAGUCUAGACUUGAUGUUCUGCUUGGUCUUCUUCAUAUUGGAUGGCAGAAUUCGGAGCGGGUGCGGAAUGAGGUUACGUACAAGAUCACGUAUGGCGAUAAAGAGAGUUGGUGGAUUGGUUUCGAAGCCACAGGAUCCAAGUACGCUUUCUCACCUCAUUACGGCGGUAUCGUCGGAUGGUUAGGUCCCACGAAAGCAGAACUCGACGCCGCAAAAAAGGCAGAAGAAGAGAAGAAACAAGAGGACAACAAACGCGACCAAGAAGUCCGCGUCUGCAGCUUCGUCAUCGCACACGUUGACCAAAACGACAGACUCCUCUGGUACAACGGCGGUUUACUUAAGAACAAAGCCGUCAACCAAACAGAAUUCGAAGUACCAACGCAUUGGAUGAUUGAUCAGAAGUGGCACAAAGGUGGAAGCAAGAAAGACAUGAGUUGCAUGGUUGGUACAAAAGCGAGUGCCUUGACAAACGGGGAGAAGGAUGUUUUAGCAAAGUCGAUACAAGUUGCGAGGGAGAUGGAUGAAAAGUUACAUUUUGUCUGAUCUGAAAAGACUUUGUAUUAUGUGUAUUAUUUGAGUGAUAUAGAACGUUGAACAAGGAUGCGAAUCGCUACUAGACGAGUUACCGGGUUGAGAACAUCGGAGGCCGGAACCGCGAGAUGAUCGACAUGAAGGAUCAGAAUACCAUGCAUUUGACAACGGAUAAUUUAUGAAACGCGUGUUCACGGUAAAAGACCGUUAAAGAUUCCGGACCCGGUUCAUGUCUUCGGCGCCGUUUCAUGGAGUUCGGGACCGUCUCACGCCAUACCGCGCGCCGGACAACUACGAAUGUCCGUAUAGAAGACCGUAAGACCGUUGUAAGAUAACCGAGUAUAAAAGGGCAAAACACGUCACGCAAACACAUUAGCUUUGUUG